ACUGUUAAAUGUCGCACGUACGCACGUACGCAAAUUAAAGAGAGAGAGCGCCAAUAAUGAGGCAAGAAGAGAGUGCCAGUGUGCUUACGCCUACCCGGCAAAAACAUAGAGAAGUGUUAAAAUAGCGUUUUGGCAGCGUGCACGUUGCUGAAAAUUUUGCUAGCAUUAUUAAAUAUGUAUAUUUUUUGCCUGUUGGCAUUGAGGCAAAACUAAAAAUUCUACACACGCAUACGCAUACACUUGUUGAUGUGUGUGUGUGUAAUUACGCGACGCUUUGGGCUAUAUUCUAGUGCUGUUAUUCACAUUUACAGUUGUAGGAGGCAAAGCGAACGACAACGACGACUCAUAAAUAAUGUCUGAAGAUGCCAAGAGUCCACGCACUAGGAAUAUUAUUGAAAAUCAGCUGUUUCGGCGACAGCGCAGCUUAAAGCUUGAAGCGCUGCAGCGCCAGCGCUCCCAAUAUGGCAGCAUUGAUCUCAAUGAUGAUGACGAUGAUGCCGAAAUGUUCGACAAGACGUACAUCGUCAUAAUGUUUACCGAGAAGGCCAAACUGCGUCAUUGCCAGGAUGUAGAGAAGAUUAUACAAGAGUUUGACAUACAAACAAAACUAGAAAUUGUUAGCAAGGACGAAAAGUAUUUGUAUCUGUCGGCCAGUUUGGAUACGCUGCUGCGUCUAGCUGAUGCUGCCGAGCUGGAGAAGAUGACCACAACGGGCAGCAUGCAAAAAUUUAACUAUGGCUGCAUAUCGGACUUUCUGCUGCCCGGCAUGAGCAAGGAGCAAAUACUGCAUUACUGCGAGACGCCUGUGCUGAUCAAGGAUGUAAUCGAGCCAUCUAUACGCUCCUACAUACAGAAGGGUUACAUUGAGGACAUGUUUCCAUUGCAUGACAUUAUGUAUCUGGAGCGCUUUAAUGUGAAUCUGAAGCGCACCAAGCUGCCCAUUGAAGAAAUACGCAACUACUUUGGCUCCAGCAUUGGACUUUACUUUGGCUUCAUAGAGUUUUAUACCAUGGCUUUGGUAUUUCCCGCUGUCUUUGGCAUACUGCAGUGUCUAUUGGAGCUGAAUCUAUCGCUGGUGUGCAGCUUCUAUGUGAUGUGGACUACGAUUUUUCUAGAGCUAUGGAAGCGCAAAUGCGCUGGCUACUCCUAUCGCUGGGGCACCAUAGAGAUGAGCAGUCUGGACAAACCGCGUGCUGCGUAUACAGGCAAACUGAAAGCGGAUCCUAUAACAGGCAAAAUGACGCUACAAUAUCCCAUGCGCUUUACCUAUCUGCAAAUGUAUUGCAUCUCAUAUCCCGUGGUGCUGGGCUGUGUGGUGGCUGCCGCUUGGUUUGCGCUCUAUCAGUUCCAAAUCGAGGCUGAGGUGCUGGCAGACUUUGGCGCCGAGUCUUGGCUGCUGUAUGUGCCAGUGAUAGUGCAGUCUGUGCUAAUUGCCAUAUUCAGCUGGGCCUACGAGAAGCUGGCCACAUUCCUGACCAAUCUGGAGAAUCAUCGCACACGCUCGCAGUAUGAGCGACAUCGCGUCAAUAAGCUGAUGCUCUUUGAGAUUGUCAACAAUUUCUUCUCACAGUUUUAUAUUGCGUUUGUGCUGCAGGAUCUGAAGCAGCUGAAAUAUCAGCUAAUGAUGCAGCUGCUCAUCUUUCAGCUGCUGUGCAUAGCACAGGAGAUUGGCAUACCGCUGAUGGCAGUGCUGCGACAGAAAUACGCCAAGUAUCGCCAUCAGGAGCUGGAUCCGGAGAAGCUGGAGGCGGUAAGCAACAAGCCGCGCUAUGAGCAAACCUUCUACGAGUCCGGACUGGAUGCGUAUCAUUCCACCUAUGAGGAUUAUCUGCAGGUGUGCAUACAAUUUGGCUAUGUGGUGCUCUUUGCUGCUGUGGCGCCCUUCGCUGCCAUCGGUGCGCUCAUUAACAAUGUUAUAGCCAUGCAUAUUGAUAUGUUUAAGCUAUGCGACAUCUUCAAGCGUCCAUUUGCGCGGCGUGCCAAGAAUAUUGGCGCCUGGCAGUUGGCCUUUGAGCUGCUGUCGGUCAUGUCGCUGCUCAGCAAUUGUGGACUGCUCUUUCUGCAGCCGAAUGUGAAGCAGUUCUUUGCGCACUGGUUGCCCUCCACGCCGGAUCUGUCGUUUGUUAUAUUCGAGCAUGUGCUGCUGGGCUUGAAGUUUCUCAUACACAAGGUGAUACACGAGCGUCCACGCUGGGUGCGCAUAGGACUGCUCAAGGCGGACUUUGAGACUAGCCAGGCGCUCAAGCAACUCAAAAAAUUCAAGGCGGCCAAUAAGAUGGCCUAAUGCUGCACCAACGCCACCAACCAACCAGUCCAUUUACAUAUUUAUUUAACUUAUAUUUUCAACUGCUUUUAUUGUAAACCGCGAAACUCAAUGGUGCUGUACUUAUUAAUGC